AUGGAAGCUUAUAUUGGUUCAAUUGGUUCGAAAUUGCAAAUGCUGACCACAUCUGAUCAUGCCUCCGUGGUCUCUAUGAACUUGUUUGUCGCACUUCUUUGCGGUUGUAUCGUAAUUGGCCAUCUUCUAGAGGAGAAUCGCUGGAUGAACGAGUCAAUCACUGCCCUUAUAAUUGGUUUAUGUACAGGGGUGAUUAUCUUGCUGAUUAGUGGAGGAAAAAACUCGCAUCUUUUAGUCUUUAGCGAGGAUCUUUUCUUUAUAUAUCUUCUCCCGCCUAUCAUAUUUAAUGCUGGGUUUCAGGUGAAAAAGAAGCAAUUCUUCCGUAAUUUCAUUACAAUUAUGCUAUUUGGUGCUGUUGGUACAUUAAUAUGCUGUACGAUCAUAUCACUAGGAGCUAUGCAAAUCUUUAAGAGAAUGUAUAUUGGUCCCAUAGAUAUAGGGGAUUAUCUAGCAAUUGGUGCCAUAUUUGCUGCAACAGAUUCUGUUUGCACAUUGCAGGUGCUUAAUCAGGACGACACACCUUUACUCUAUAGUCUGGUGUUCGGAGAGGGUGUCGUAAAUGAUGCCACAUCAGUGGUGCUUUUCAACGCAAUCCAGAGCUUUGAUCUCACUAAUAUCAAUGCUGUAAUUGCUUGGGAGUUUAUUCGCAAUUUCUUCUAUUUAUUUCUUACAAGCACUCUGCUUGGGGUGUUCACUGGGCUACUUAGCGCUUACAUCAUCAAAAAGCUCUAUUUUGGCAGGCACUCAACAGAUCGUGAGGUUGCUCUUAUGAUCCUCAUGGCAUACCUUUCAUAUAUGCUGGCUGAACUGUUUUAUUUGAGUGGCAUUCUCACUGUAUUUUUCUGUGGGAUUGUGAUGUCCCAUUACACCUGGCAUAAUGUGACUGAGAGUUCAAGAGUCACUACCAAGCAUGCUUUUGCAACCUUGUCAUUUGUUGCCGAGAUUUUUAUCUUCCUUUAUGUUGGUAUGGAUGCCUUGGACAUUGAGAAGUGGAGAUUCGUAAGUGAUAGCCCUGGGACUUCUGUUGCUGUCAGUUCGAUACUACUAGGUCUCGUUAUGGUUGGAAGAGCAGCAUUUGUUUUCCCUUUAUCCUUUUUGUCCAACUUAGCUAAGAAAUCGCCUAACGAUAGGAUUGGCUUCAGGCAGCAAUUUAUCAUAUGGUGGGCUGGUCUUAUGAGAGGUGCUGUGUCAAUGGCACUUGCAUACAAUAAGUUCACAAGUUCUGGGCACACCCACCUGCGAGGAAAUGCUAUAAUGAUCACCAGCACCAUAACCGUUGUUCUUUUCAGCACAGUGGUGUUUGGUUUGAUGACUAAACCUCUUAUAAGUAUUUUGCUGCCUAAUCCAAAACACCAAUCAAGAAGCUUAUCAAUUUCGUCAGAUCCAGCUACGCCAAAAUCACUCACAUUACCACUUCUUGAAGAGGGGCAGGACUCCUUAGAUGAUCUAGGUGGCCAUGAAAUUGCCCGUCCAAGCAGCAUACGUGCACUCCUAACAACCCCAACACACACUGUUCAUCACUACUGGCGCAAAUUCGAUGAUGCCUUCAUGCGUCCUAUGUUUGGUGGCCGGGGUUUUGUUCCCUUUGUUCCUGGCUCGCCAACAGAGCGGAGUCCUCCGAAUCAAUGGCAUUGA